AUGGCAGAGCUCUCUCUUGUCUUCAUGCAGUGGGGCCGAUGGGUCAACCACAACAUUGACUUAGCCCCUGCCAGUGGUGCAGGAGUGAGCCCAGAGCUUCACUGCGAGACCAAUUGUGCCUUCAAGCCCCCUUGUUUCCCGAUUAAGGUUCCCCCCGAUGAUCCACGGAUGCUGAGGUCAAACUCUUGCAUGCCAUUCAUCCAGUCGGCAUCUGUUUGCAAUCCCAGGACGUUCACUCACGAGCAGAUCAAUGCCGUCAGCUCGUUCAUCGAUGCCAGCACAGUGUAUGGCAGUGAAGACUCAGUGGCAAGGAGUCUUAGGAAUCAGACAAACCAGCUGGGUUUGAUGGCUGUGAACCAGAACUUUACUGAUACGGGGUUGGAAUUAUUGCCCUUUGAAAACAAAACAAAAAGUGUUUGUGUCCUCACCAAUGAGAGCAUGAACAUCCCCUGUUUUAAAGCAGGUGACAGACGGGUAACUGAAAACCUGGGACUUCUGCACACUGUCUUUCUAUGGGAACACAACCGCCUGGUUAGAGAGCUGCGGAAAUUAAAUCCUCACUGGAAUGGAGAAAAGCCUUACCAAGAGAGCCGGAAGAUCACAGCUGCCAUGAACCAGAUAAUAACAUACAGAGAUUACCUCCCACUUCUGCUUGCGGGGGAGAGCAAGUGGAUCCCUUCGUACAGCGGCUACAAUGAGAAUGUGGAUCCUACCGUCUCAAAUGUUUUUUCCCUGGCUUUCCGAUUCGGUCAUACAUCAGUGCAGCCUUUUGUGUCCCCUCUGGAUGACAGUUUUCAGCCUUUGGGUUCACUUUCCCAUGUCCCUCUUCAUAUGACCUUUUGUGCUACAUGGAGAAUUAUAAUGGAAGGUGGCAUCGACCCACUGAUACAGGGCAUGGUGGCUGAUCGUGCAAAACUGAUGAAACAAAACCAGCUGCUCAUUGAGGAGCUCCAGGAGGAGCUCCUUUUUGAACAGACAGAGAUAAUGGGUCUGGACUUAGCAGCCCUGAACUUGCAACAGGGAAGAGACCAUGGCCUUCCAGGUUACAAUGCCUGGAGGCGCUUCUGUGAGCUCUCUCAGCCUCAAAAUGCAGAUGAGCUCUCUGAGGUGCUAGGCAAUUCCAAACUGGCUGAGAAGUUCAUACAGUUGUAUGGGACGCCAGGCAAUGUUGACCUCUGGAUUGGGGCAAUCGCUGAGCCUGCUGUUCCCCAGGGCAGAGUUGGACUCCUGCGGGCCUGCAUCAUUGGCACCCAGUUCAGGAACUUGCGUGAUGGGUACAGAUUCUGGUGGGAGAAGCCAGGAGUUUUCGCUACACCACAAUUGCAUGCACUGAGAAAAAUCUUGCUGUCAAUGGUGAUCUGUGACAAUACUCGUAUCAAAAAGAUACCCAGGGAUGUGUUCAAGGUCAACAGUUGUCCUAAGAACUUCGUGGACUGCCAUGAGAUCAACACGCUUGACCUCUCACCCUGGAAAAGAUGA